GACAACUCGUCGGGAAUGGCGGACAAACCUCCGACGGUGUACUUGAAGCUGUUCACCGCCGGCUUUUACGCGCUCUGCUCGUUCCUCCUUGUCGUCGUGAACAAGAGUGUGCUCACCAACUACCGUUUCCCAUCGUCGAUAUGCGUCGGGAUUGGGCAAAUGUUGGCCACUGUGGUUGUCCUGUGGGUGGGCAAGGCUGCGAGGGUGAUCACCUUCCCAGACUUGGACGAAAAAAUACCUGGCAAGACAUUUCCUCUACCUCUCCUUUAUGUGGGAAAUCAACUUACUGGUCUGGGUGGAACCAAAAGGCUCAACUUACCAAUGUUUACCGUGCUCAGGAGGUUCUCCAUCUUGUUUACAAUGAUGGCGGAGGGGUUCCUGCUCAAGAAGAAAUUCUCCAAGUCGGUCCAGCUGACCGUAUUUACGAUGAUACUCGGGGCCUUCAUUGCGGCGAGCGCAGACAUGUCCUUUGACAUGCAAGGGUACGUCUUCAUCCUCCUUAACGACGUGCUCACAGCAGCGAAUGGCGCGUAUGUCAAGCAGAAAUUGGAAGCCAAGGAGCUGGGCAAAUAUGGAUUGCUAUACUACAAUGCAUUAUUUAUGAUCCUACCCACUGUGCUGUUGGCUCACGCGACCGGAGAUUUGCAGAAGGCCAUUGACUACGAUGGCUGGUCAGACAUACUCUUCCUCAUGCAGUUCUUCAUGUCCUGCGUUAUGGGGUUUGUCCUCAUGUACUCUGUCGUUUUGUGUACACAUUACAACUCUGCACUGACCACCACCAUCGUGGGUUGCCUCAAGAACGUCCUGGUGACAUACAUCGGAAUUAUAUUCCUUGGUGACUACAUCUUCUCUUGGACCAAUUUUAUCGGUUUGAACAUCAGCAUCGCGGCCAGCCUGGUGUAUUCUUUCAUCACACUGCGAGAGGAACAACCCAGCAAGGCCAGCGAAAGCACCAAAAUGGAGAUCAAGGGCAAGGUUGUUGUAUGA